UAGGCUUGUCGUGGUCCGAUGAUCACCUCCAUGAUACUCACCUUUGCCCAGUGCACAACCGACCACCUAUGUACAUAGAUCAACUUUUGAGGCAUACGUGGUGAAAUUUAAUCUUUAGGAUCUGCAUUUAAAUCACAUUACCAUGUCAUCUUGUGGAAACCCAGCCGCAGACGAGGAAGCCCUCAUGCCUCGGCGCCUGAAGUUCGGCAAAUCAAGGGACUGCGUCAGAUGCAGGUUAAAAUCAGGUAACAUCGUGAUCCGCCAUGCGGUGUAUUGCAAAGAAUGCUUCACUCCAAUGGUAGAAAUGAAAUUUAGAAAAGCCCUGGAACCUUCGGUCAAUGCUAGGGCAGGAACUUCGAAGCGACCGAAACUCAAGGCAUCGGGAAACCUAUGCUUGGCAUUCUCUGGCGGCCUAGGAUCGUCGAUUUUGCUGGAUAUCGUGCAUAAUACAUAUUUCUCCAGUCGACCACCCUUGGACGAUUCAGGGAAACCAAGAGGUGGCACACAUCAUCCGCGCAACGCCAGCGUAUGGUCGUCAUGUAAUGUUUGUUAUGUAGAGGUAUGCGGAGCUUUUGCUGGGAUGCCAGACAGAACCGAAGAUAUUCGAUCUGUAAUCGAGCGAUAUCCAUCAUUUGAUUUCGUGCCUCUGCGAAUAGAAGAUGCAUUCGAUGGCUCUUGGUGGACCAAAGUUUCUGGAUCAAGUAAUAUCCCCCAGAUAUCAUUGGAACUCAACAAAGAAGGGCUAAUUGCAGACGGGCUUCAUGUCACUUCCCAAUUGACUGGUCUAACGCCAAUCGAGGCUUUGCGGUCGUAUCUAUCAUCUCUGCCUACCCAGACUGCAAUUUCUAGUGCCAUACAGAAUCUCACCCGAGUACUUAUCUUGCAUACCGCCCACUCCAACGGUUCCUCGCAUUUGCUCUUUGGAUCAUCUCUUACGUCGCUGUCUAUUUCUCUCUUAUCAUCUAUAUCUCAAGGUGGAGGGUACACGACCCGCGAGGAACUUCAGGAGGAAUGGACACCGGUUGCUACUUCUGGUUCGAAGCCUAAUGGUGUGCUCAGGGUUAUCCGACCUCUUCGAGACGUCACUGCGAAAGAAUGUGCUGUCUAUGCGUGGUGGAACGGCGUGACAGUCAUUGGUCGAGACAAGCAGAGGCGUGCGAUAUUAGGAAUAGCAGCCUUGACCAAGAAUUUUGUAGUUGGGCUCGAGAAAGACUAUCCUUCGACUGUUUCGGCCAUCGCCCGGACCUGUGAAAAACUGGAACCAAAGGAUGCGCCGAGCGGGCAAUGCAGGCUGUGUAAGCGACCGAUGCAGUCUGGCAUCCAAGAGUGGAAGGGUCGUAUAUCAAUAAGAUCUUAUUCAGAUGACAAACUGGCUGCGGACUUGACCCACAUCCCGCCCUCGUGCAGAGGCAAUCUUGACACGACUACCUCAUCGCAAUUGCCACCGCCACAUGCACUGACCAAUUUCCUUUGCUAUUCUUGUCACACGACCCUGACCAGCAGGAGUAGUCGAGGAGUUAAGCAGUCGGCUCCUGGUGUAUCCUCAGCUGCGCCAUUACCUAUCUGGAUGGCAGAUCGUGGCCUUCACGAGGAUGGACUAAUAGGCGAUGGAGCUCGGCGCAAGGUUCCGGAGGAAGAGAUGCUCAAUACCGUGGCAGAGUUUCUCAUCGACAAUCAGGAUUGCGAGGAAUGAGGUGCUGAUAACACUUCUUGUAGCCGUUAGAACGUGUAUCGUUAGCGACUUUACCUGAUGGGGACCAAGCUUCAAGGGUGUGUUGUUGUACUGAAUAGGUCCAACGCAGAAUCAUCACACGUGAACUUGAUUUCGGCUGGUAAGCCCCCUCAAGCGCGAUUCGCUCAAUUGUCUAGUUAUCCCCCUCGGUUCUUUUCGCCCUCGUCGUCUAUUCACUGGUCUCAUGGCCUGCUGACUGUUAUCUAAUGAUUAAUUCAUGGAUUAUUCCCU